AUGUUUGCUGAUUCUAAAGAUGAUAUUAUAGAAAUUUAUAUUACAAAUCUUCCUCAAGAAUCUAAAUCUUUAUUAAAAAUAUCGGGAAUAGAUUCACCAGAAGUUUCGAGACGUUCAAAAACCACUAUUAAUUAUGCUUCAUUUUUACAAAGGAUUGAAUUACAAGAUCUUUAUGAUAUUGUUUCACGUUGGGUCAUUAGAGCAAGAUAUUAUAGUUUAAAGUUAUACGAAGAAACUAAACCGAAACGAUUAUUACUUUAUCGAGAAUUAUGUAAAUUCUUUAUUUCACAAAAUCCAAAACUUAAAUUUAGCAUACGAUUAAAUUUUAUAAAAUGGGAUGAAUAUAUACAUUUUCAACAAUUAUCAGGUAUUAUUCCUGUAAAUUCGUGUUUAGAGAAAUUAAUUUGUCAUACAAUGGUAAAGGAUGAAAUAUAUGAAUCAAUAGGUAAAAUAUUUACUGAAAUCAAAGAUUUAGAAAUAAUGUGUGAUGACGAAAAAGAUAAAAUUGAUAAUAAGGGAUUAGCUUCUUUAAUAGAUAAAAUGCGAGAAAAUGUAACAUGGUCUUUAACUAUCAAUAGAACUCGUAGACCUAUACCAUAUAUUAACAAAUCUUUAGAAAAGAAGGUUCCUCAUUUAACAUCUUUAAAUAUUUAUGGGGAUGGAUCAUAUCCUUCAAAAAUUUUUUCAAAAUGUAAAUUAUUAAAAAAAUUAAUAAUUGGAGUAAAAGGUCCUGAAGAUGAUAAAACAGUAUUGGCACCAUUCGUUAGACAUUUGUUUGUUCAAUUAAUGGAAUUUGAUUAUUAUUCCGAAUCUACUGUAAAUGUUUUAUUAAUCACCAUGAUAAUUAUGAAUACUCGUAAAACCUUAAAAUAUUUAAGAAUCUCUUGGUUCAAAGAAAUUCAAGUGAUCGAUCCGAAAAAUCAUACUUUAUUAAUAUCAACAAUUAUUACCCAUUGUCCAAAUCUUAUCGAAUUGAUGAUUCCUUUAAAUAAUUUAACGAUUGAUCAAAUACCUGAUGUUAUGCGUAAAUGUAAUAAAUUAGGAAGAAUAUUUUUAAAUUGGUGUGAUGAAGUAGAAAAAGAUCCGAUCGAAAUGAAAAAUUGGGUAUGGAAUUUAGGAGAAACAAUUCCGUCAUUAUUACAAUCACUUUAUUUUAGUAAUAUGGGAUUCAAUAUUGAUGCAUUAGAAUUAUUUCUUAAUCGAUGUCAACAAAGAUCGAUUAAAUGUUUAGAAUUAAGAAUAGGCGAUUGGUUAUCAGCAGAAGAUUUAAAAAUUAAUUCUAGAAGAUUAUUAUCAAUAUGA